AACCACUGAUCGCGCGAACUUCAACAAAACAAGAUGGACGAUGCGUCUCUUCAAAAACUUGGUGUUUCUCCGGGAAAACUUAGUCCCAAGUUCAAGAAAGAUAUCACCGAGUACUCUGUUGUAGUUGGCAGCUGUGUAAAAAGUCUAAAAGUUAGCCCUCUAACAAGUGAUAGUAAUGCAUGUUAUUCAAUUUCAGAUUCAAAUGGCGGCAAAACAGUCGCAUUAGCCGAAGGAAAACUGAAUUGUAUAAAAAUCGAAGUGACUUCGGAAGAUGGUACAAAUAAGAUUUACAUUAUUAAUGCAACGCGUUUGUCAUCGAGUGAUGCAUCACUAUCUGGAAUUAUAUUAUCACAUGGAACGUUAUCACCACCGUUUGACGCAAAUUGUACCUCGUAUUCAACAAUUACCCCUUACCAUACCACAACUAUAGAAAUUUCACCCAACAGUCAUGAUAAGGAUGUAGUCAUUAAUAUCCGUGAUCAUGUUGAUGGUAAAACAGUCCAGUUAAAUUAUGGUGAAACAAAUGUGUUCAUUGAUGUUUCAUCACCUGAUAAAACUCAAUGCAAAACCUAUCACUUACGGAUUGAACGAAGAAAAAUCCCUUGGAACAUUUUAACAGUAGAUGAGGGUGCUAAUCUUAACUUAAAAUGCCCUAUUUGUCUGGUUCUACUUCACUGUCCAAAGUCAAUUGCUGAGACAUGUCCGAAGCAUGUAUUUUGUCAAAAAUGCAUAGUUGAGGUAACUAGGACCAAAAAACAAAAUCCUCUUAAUGGGUUGGAGUUAAAUGGUGCAUGGCUUGGCGAUGAGCCAGACUGUGAAGAAAAAUUGAAAGGUGUUAAAGUUUGUUGUGUGUAUGCUCAUUAUGGAUGCAAGGACAAAUUGAAUUUGAUUGACCUUGGAUGUCACAUGAUGCAAUGCAAUUAUAGAUUGUGUUUAAUUGACAAGACAGGUGAACUUGUUUGCUUUAAAGAUAAAGAAGAAAAGAUGAAGAGUACAACUUACUCCUGUCCUGAAUGUAAUUUGACAAUAAGAUCCAGUGAUGUAGAAAUUCACAGAACUUUCCUUUGCUGUGCCAAGCUGGAAGAUAGGAGCCUUCCACAAGUUACCACAAGGUUAUGGGAGAAAAAACUACAACUAGAGACAAGUGAUUCAGUGAAGGAAAUCAUUGAUAAAGCUGUGCAUGAAGAGAAAUUGUAUCUUCAAAGUAUAAAUUUAUUUGGUCAAAGACAACACAGUGACGUCACUGUACCAUCGCCAAUAAACCAUCUAAAACAUGCUUGUGAACACUAUGCCACUGCAGUUAAGCUUGAACCAAAAAAUUCAGAGUGGCAUUUUAAACUUGCGCAAAUUUUGGAAGAAAUGCACUAUGCUGAGCAUUACUAUGGUGUUAAGUUGGAGUCAGAAACUGCAAGUCCUGCGAUCGACUUUAACCAGCAAUCACGCGAUAGCAGUAAAGAGGAUGAUAUUCAGGCAAUCUGUGAGCAAAGAGGUUUUGGAAGAAACCCACCUCUUGCAAUGCAACUGAAAGCCAUUGACCAGGAGUAUCAUUAUCUCAUAGAAAGUCAACAAUCGGAGCGUUGUGAAUAUGUUCAGAAGUUAUAUGCAUGGAAAUCAAAACAAGCAACUCAGGAUGGUAAAUUUGCUCAACAUGCAUCUGACGAAGAAGGAACUUUAGGAAAAGCCUAUAUUAAGUAUUGUGAUGCGUCAUCGUUGGAUUCAGAUAACUAUCUUUAUCACUUUCAUGUCGGAAGGUUUCUAUUACUGCAAGACAAGAUAGAUGAAGGGCGCAAACGACUACAAAUUGCUGUAGGUUUAAAACCUACCAAUAUUCAAUCCAGAUUGUAUCUAGGCCUGGGGUUAAUGCUGCAAAGAGAUAGCAGAGGACUAGAAGGGAUAAAAUAUGUCCACGAAGGAUUGGAACAUUUACUGUACAAUUUAACAAAACAAGCAGAAUCUCCUUUUGACGUUAUCACAAACGAACUUUUUUCAACUGAUCUUAUAAAGAUCACAAACAUUCAAUGUCUACAAGCUUUUCUUAUGCUUGGAGAAAAGAUUGCGCAGUCGAAAGAUUCACUUCCCAGUCAUUUUUUUCAUCCAGAAGAAGUAUUUCGAACAGUUGCCUCCUUUGCUGUGGAAGCGUUAUGCUUAGUAAAAUACCAGGGUGAGUUGUAUCAUCAGAUCGAGCGUAUUCUCUUUAAGGCUCAUUCUGAUUUCAUACAAACGAUGGUAAAUCAAAAAGGAAGGAAUGAUACUAAAAUCGACGAUUCUUUGAUUGCCAACCACUGUGAUCGUUUAUCCUCGUUUUUGAAAGUUCUGUCUUCACCAACUGAUUACGUCAUGUCGAAAUUAAAUGAAAAGACUUGUCAACAGGCUCUCAUUCUUCGACCGCGUAACAGUCGAGCUCUUUACAUGCUUGGUGAUGUGUUGUUGUCUCUCUACGAUAAUGACGUGCACAGCAACAGUAACAACAACAACAACAACAAUGUAUUGUUGGCCGACGCAGAAAGAUGUUACCGUGCCAGCAUGGAGCUGGAAGGAAAGGGGAGUAGUGGAAAAGAAGUACCGUUAUUGAUUGAAGAACAGCAAUGGUGGAAAGAUAGACAGCGGUCUUCGAAAGAUAAAGAAAUAGAAACAAAGAAAGGUGUUACAAAAGAAAGUAAAAGAGUCUCUCCUACAAAACGAAUGACAGACAAACAACGUGCUAAUAAAGUUUCAUCAGUAAAGCCUUCAACAACGACCACAGCAACAAAAGCUCGACCUGUACAACAGCCUUCUACUAAAUCGAAGAUGUCAAGUAAAGCGAACUUGAAAACACCAAAACCAUCCACCACAAAACAGCAUGCAUCGUCUUCAUCGAAAUCCACCUCAGGGAGUCGAACUGCUUGCCGCACAUGUAGUCAUUCAAGGGUAGAGAGUGGUUCUGACUCUCUCACAUCAUCCCCGCCUCCUAAAACGUCACAUGUCACUUCUCCUGAGGCAUUCACGGGUCCAACUAAUCCCAAGUCGUAUCACCCUCGACUCGGGUUGGCACGUGUCCUAAAGAGGCAAGGCUCGGAUCUUGACGCUGCCCGAAGACUUUACGAAGAAUGCAUUGUGAUGACACCUAGCCUUCAUGACGUUUAUAUUGAACUCGGAGAAAUUCUGACUAAAACGGAUCCUGCUGGAGCAGUUGACGUUUAUUCGAAAUAUCCGUUUCCCGAGACACUAAGCUAUGAUGACGCAUACCUUCAUGGUGAAAUUACUCGAUUGCUCAUGAAAGAAGAGGCUUACGACGAUUCACGACUUGUUACGAGUAUGAUUGCUUUAGGAAAAGUUAUGGGUUUUUCUGUUUUAGAAAAAUACGUGGCUAUUCUUGACGGUAAGAUAAAGUACAGUAAGUUAUUGAUGCGAAUUUAUGCUGAGGUAAAUGGAAAGAGCGUGAAUGAUCCUGACUUACAAGGGUUUUUUAAAUUGAAAUGCUGGGUUUGAAAUUAUACAAUUGUAAAAAAACGUUUUCUUGGAGAGUUUAGUCGAUAAAUUAUCGUCUAUAAACAACGGUCAAGUGAUGUGAAAUACAUGAAACAUUUAUCACCCACUA